AUGGCGUCUUCAACUGACACCACACCCUUUGUCACCGCCUUCCUCGUUCUCCAACUCUCGGGCGCAGGCAUUUUCGCGCUCGUCGUAUUCUCUGCUCUGAUCUUCCGCACCGCGGCAAAGCGGCAUCCGAUUUGGUUCAGUUUCUGUAUUUCGUGGAUCGUGUUUGGAGUUUCGUAUGCGCUGCUGCUAGUUGCGGGUCAGCAGUUCAGACGGCCCGCGCCGGAGAGGGCGUUAUGUACAGUGCAGGCGGCAUCGGUGUACGCUGCACCGUUUCUAGUGAUGGGCUCUACUCUGGGACUGGUCGUACAUUUAUUGCUGAAUGUGCUGACGGCCCUCUCUCGAUCGCCCAAGAAAAAAGAACAUUUGAACAUCAUGCGGGCGCUUGUUGUCCUGCCGUGGAUGAUCUGGGUGGCCGUUCUUGUGGGAGUCCUCGUACCCAAAGGUGACCUCCGUUUCAGCCACCAUUGCGAGCUCAACUAUAAUUGGAGUAGAAGCAACCAACAGAGUUUUGAUUUGUUCGCAGUUGCUAUCGGGGCGAUGGCAAUGGCUCUUCGAAUUUUGAUAUUCACUAUCUUGGGAUGUGGAGCGUUAGGUGUUGGGCUGGUGUUUGCAGUCACUAGCACUCGCGGCGUGCAGUUUGAUCUUGCCCUUGCGAUAUCAUUAACUAACGUACGACCUGUUGAGAGGGUGGCUAUUUUGGAGGAAGCCCGUCCCAGUGAUACCGGAUCAAAUGUCGUUCACGCUGACCACUGUGAAUUCCAUAUCGUCACAGUCCACGCAAUCGAUAAGGAGGGUAUCUACGGCGUCGAGGGUGCCACCUACAGGUUUUUCCCAUGA